AUGGCGGUUUAUUCCGGAGGAGAAGCCCAUGUCUGCCUGCAGGCAUCAGCAAAGGCUGCCUGGAAGGAAGCGUCCUGGCUCUGGAGAAAGCUGCGUGGCAAGAGGCGGCUGGUGAUGGCAUUCUGCCUCUUGAUGACUCUGUCUGUAGUGGCUGUCACCCGCUUCCCCCCACAGCAUCCAGCUGCCGGCCUGGACCCUGGUCCCAUGGAACCCCAGGAAGUAACCAGCGCCCCUGACCCCCGCAGCCGGCAGGCUCUGAGCUCCAGCCGGAGGCAGCGGGCAAGAAGCCUGGGGUUCUGGCGAGACUGGGCCUUGCCCAGGAAUUCCGACCUAAUGUGUGCUGAGGAGCAAGGCCACAGAGGGAGAGUGGACAAAAGCAGGCAGUCCCUGGGAGGGGACAGCGGACGUCCAGGGAGGGUCAGGCGAGACAUUACUUUGGCAUCUCUAGGAGAUCUGAGACUCAGUACCCGGCGUCUUGUGCUCCUGAGGGAGGAUGAGGUCAGACGUCCAGGAGCCAAAGAACUGGGCACCCCCUGGCACAACGGUCCCACCCAGGAGGCACAGAAUGAGACUGGCACCCUGUUCGGCCUCCUCACAGGGCGUGACACGGCAGCUCGAAGGACUUGGAGAACUACUGCUGGACCGACCCUCCGGCUGCGUCCAGUGGAAGGCAGGGAUCUGCCAGGAGCUGGGAACAGAGCCUUGACUGGUGGGCAGGGAGCAGGGGAUCCUGCUCCGGUUGCAGGGGCUCGUCGGUGGCCUGACUCUGUUGGGGAGCUGCAAGGAUCUGUCUGGUGUGACGCUGAGACCCCUGGGCUGUUGACUGGCUCAAGGACAGAAGGGCAGGUUCCCCCAUGGCUCACAGAGCACGAUGUGCAGACCCUCCGGCUGUUGGCCCAGGGGGAGGUGGUGGGCAAAGCCAGGGUCCCCGGCCACGGGCAGGUGCUGCAGGUCGGCUUCUCUGCCGAGGGUGCCCUUCGGGACGUGUCUCCUGGGCUCAGCCCACUCUGCUCCCAGGGGCUCUGCGGCCUGAUCAAGAGGCCUGGGGACCUGCCCGAGGUCCUGUCCUUCCACGUGGACCGAGUCCUGGGGCUGCGCCGGAGCCUGCCUGCUGUGGCCCGGAGCUUCCACAGCCCCCUGCUGCCCUACCGCUACACGGAUGGUGGCUCAAGGCCUGUCAUCUGGUGGGCGCCUGACGUGCAGCACCUGGGUGACCCAGAGGACGACCAGAACUCCCUGGCCUUGGGCUGGCUGCAGUACCAGGCCCUGCUGGCACAUGGCUGCAGCCGGCCGGGCCAGGCCCCGUGCCCGGGCAUCCACCACGCCGAGUGGGCACGCCUGGCGCUCUUUGACUUCCUGCUGCAGGUCCAUGACCGCCUGGAUCGCUACUGCUGUGGCUUCGAGCCUGAGCCCUCAGACCCCUGUGUGGAAGAGAGGCUCCGAGAGAAAUGCCAGAACCCGGGCGAGCUGCGACUGGUCCACAUCCUGGUCCGGAGCAGCGAUCCAUCUCAUCUGGUCUACAUCGAUAAUGCUGGCAACCUUCAGCACCCUGAAGACAAGCUGAACUUUCGGCUGCUGGAGGGCAUAGACGGGUUUCCUGAGUCUGCCGUGAAGGUUCUCGCAUCAGGGUGUCUAGAGAAUAUGCUGCUCAAGUCACUGCAGAUGGAUCCGGUGUUCUGGGAAAGCCAAGGUGGGGGCCAGGGGCUGAAGCAGGUUCUCCAGACCCUGGAGCGGCGAGGACAGGUCCUGCUGGAACACAUCCGGAAGCACAACCUGACACUCUUCAGGGACGAGGACCCGUGAGCCCCCCCACUGCCCAGGCAGGGCUCUCGCCUCGCUGGUGGGGCACCUCACAACACGACCUGAGUGGAUGAAUGCCCAUGCUGAUGGCCACAUUUUCUUGGGUUCACUCAUCUUGACGACAACUAGGAAAAGCCAGAAACCAGAAGGGCAUCAUGGAUGUCACGGGCUGUGUCACCUGCUUGGGGUGGUGGAGAUGGUUGUGGGUGCUGGGUUUUCAAUCUCACCGCAUUCCUUUCUGCCUUCUUAGCUCUGGCUGUUUACUCCCUUGCACCCAUAAAUGCAUUCAAGAAUGUUCUAUG